AUGCUCGUCUUCCUGUCUGUAAAGAGCUGCGGUGGGGGAGGCUGGAGGUCUGACGGCUGCGUCGUUGUCAACGCCACUCCUCAAUAUACAACCUGCAGCUGCAGCCAUCUCACAUCGUUUGCCGUACUGCUGGAUUUGUCGAGAGAGGGAAUAGUUGACCGUCAGCAUGCACAGAUUCUUACUUUCAUCACCUACAUCGGCUGUGGAGUCUCUGCUAUUUUCCUAGCUGUCACUUUGCUGACAUACUUGUCAUUUCCAAAACUGAUGCGAGAUAUCCCAGCAAAGAUCUUGGUCCAGCUCUGCCUGUCCCUCCUCUUCGUCAACCUGGCCUUCUUGCUGGACGGCUGGCUGGCUCUGUACCCGGCUGUCGGCCUGUGCAUCAGCACCGCUUUCUUUCUGCACUACUUCCUGCUGGCAUCCUUCACCUGGGCGGGGCUUGAGGCCCUGCACAUGUACCUGAGUAUCGUGCAGGUGUUCACGCCCUACCUUAGCCGAUACAUGCUGAAGUUCUCACUGAUGGGCUGGGGUAUUCCUCUGAUUGUAGUGGUUAUUGUGAUAUCAGUGGACAAAGACAACUAUGGAAUGGUUACAUACGGACGAUACAGAGAUGGCACAACGGAUGACUUCUGCUGGCUGCGUAACGACAUCGCCUUCUACGUGGGCGUGGUCGCCUACUUCCUCCUGAUCUUCGCUCUGUGCCUGCUGGUCUUCAUCGUCGUGAUGGUCCAGCUGUCCCGGAUCAAGAAGCAGAACCCUCACAACCAGUCGUCUAACCGGGGCAUGAUGACGGACCUGCGCAGCGUCGCCGGCCUCGUCAUCCUGCUCGGCCUCACCUGGGGGUUCGCUCUGUUCGCCUGGGGGCCCCUGUACUUACCAUUCGUUUACCUUUUCUCCAUAUUCAACUCCCUGCAAGGUUUCUUUGUCUUCGUGUUCCACUGUGCCGUGAAGGAGAACGUCCGCAGGCAGUGGAGAACGUACCUCUGCUGUGGAAAACUGCGCCUGGCGGAGAACUCAGAAUGGAGUCGCACCGCCACCCAGAACACCAGGAAGUCUCUGUCGCAGAACACGGCAACGACCUCCGCUCCGCACUUCACCUCCCGCAGCUCCUCCGUCAUCAGCGAUGCCACCAACAGCAGCGGGUCGGUGUUUGCAGACAGCGGGGUAUCUGAUGGAUCCAACAGCGACGUCGUCCUCAACGAGAUUCACAGGCGAAAUCAGUCGCUGCAGGGCGAAGGUUGAUCAGCGACCGUGCGAUAACAGAGAAGAAGAUACUCCCAGAUGCACCCACACUUCCUCCCGGUUCAGCGAGGUGAAGGAUUUAAAGGUCUUAUGAAGAAGAAAAGAAGUCCAGCAGGAAUGGGACUGAAGUGCUUCUUGAAAAUUUGAGUCCAGUGACUCAAAAACUUCUCUACCCGUGCAGUAGGAGUACUGAAGUACUGAAGUACUGAAGUAGACGCAGUAGCAGGCGCGAGGCUUGUUUUUUGACUGAAUCGUUUAAUUAUUUCACUGUUGGAGAUGUUUUUAUGCAUGUGCAGUUAAAAGUCUAGAGCAGAAUGUUUUUUAGAUCAUCAUAAAGAUAUUUUGUAGGUUUUUUCCUGACAUAAAUGGAAAAAUGAAGAUUUUAUCAGUGUUUUACAGAAGCUGCACUAACCUUUAGAUAUUUCAGUGUCUCGAUAUCAAAUCACACUUUGAUAUGGCUUUUUAACCCUUAAAAGCAGUGAAUGUACACAUGCCAAACUCAAACCGAUCCUACCUGAUGAUGAAACUCAUCGAUGGCUAACUGAUCAUGUCUAUGUAUAAGAGUAUUGAGGGUGAAGGCCUCCUUUUAUUGUGCUGUUUGAACAGCUGUUUAUGUAUGUAGAAGAUUUUAGUUUUUUAAUGAAGAAGAAAAAAGAACUUGAAGUACGUUCCUGUGGUCAUUAAUCCAUUUUUAUUGAUGACUAAUUGUCCUUGUACGA